CUUCCCCAACUUUCUCUCUUUUCGUUCUCUCUCCAACAAUGCUCUCUCGCUUCAUUGCAAAACCUUCCAAUCUUCGUGUUGUAACCCUCCUAAUCUCUUCAAAGGACUGCUUCUCAAUCCCCAAAGUUCACUCUCCAAUUCGGGACCCUAGCUCCAGCUUCUCCUUUUUGCGGUCCAAAUUCUUCUCUAGCAAUCGCAACAACGGUGACGGGAACGAGAAUGAUCGGACGAAAUCCGCCUCGGACUGGUGGAAGAUCUCGCCGGAGAAUGAUCAGACUGUAGAGGCCGUCUUUGGGGAAGACGCCGGCCCCGAUGCCAAGGCGGAUGAGGAAGCCUGGUUAAGAGACCGAGGCGAAGAGUGGGCGACGGCGCAGGGGUUUAAGCCGUGGAGUUUGGUGGAAGAGGAGAAGGGAGAAGACGUGUUUGGUAUAGGAGAGGAAGUGCCGGAACUGCGUGGCGAUGUUGGGGAUAAUCGGCAAGCGGAGACUGUGAAGAGUGUGGAGGAGCAUAAGAAGCUUGAGGAGGAGGAGAAAUUUCUCUCUGCUGUGCUUAAAGGCCCAAAUCGUGCAUUUGGUGACUUAAUUGCAGCAUCUGGUAUCACAGAAGAUAUGCUGGACAGUUUGAUUGCUCUGAAGGACCUGGAUGGUGUCCAAGGACUGCCCCCACUUAGAGAAAUAGAAGACAUGCGUUAUGCAAAGAAUACACAAAAGUCCACACGAGCUGAAAUAGAGCGCCAGAAACAGGAGGAAGUCGCCAAUGCUCGAGUAAGACAAGUAGAUGAAAAAGGAAGGGCAUAUGGAACAGGAAGAAGGAAAUGCAGUGUGGCCCGUGUUUGGGUUCAACCUGGUGAUGGUAAAUUUCUAAUAAAUGACAAAGAUUUUGAUGUCUAUUUCCCAAUGCUUGACCAUCGUGCUGCAAUUCUUCGGCCUUUUACUGAGACAAAGACUUUGGGGCUUUGGGAUGUCAAUUGUACUGUCAAGGGAGGCGGUCUCUCAGGUCAAGUGGGGGCGAUUCAACUGGGUAUCAGCCGAGCCUUGCAGAACUGGGAACCAGAUAUGAGGUCUCCUUUGCGAGCAGUUGGUUUCUUGACAAGGGACUCGAGGGUUGUGGAAAGGAAGAAACCCGGCAAAGCAAAAGCCAGAAAGAGCUUCCAGUGGGUCAAGCGGUGAUCAAUUUUUGAAAGACAUAAUAAUUUCAACACAGCUUUUGCUCGGACUAUUGCCUAGCAAUAAGAUUUUGAUACCCUUUUAGCUAGGAUGGUUGUGGUACAUCUCCUGUAUUGUAGCCCUUUUAAGUCAUGCACUCUUCAUCAGAAGAUACCUGGUUGGUUGCGAUAAAGAUUUCCGGCUCGAGUACACCAAUUUUUGGAGACAAAACCGAACUGAAUUCAAUGUCCUUUUUAAGUUUAUCUAGUUCUUUACAUUGUAUGAUGAUCACUGAUGUCUUGAAGGCUUUAUUGGACACUGUGAAUUGUAGUGGCCCUCGUGGGGUUUGAAUGAAAAUUCUUUGAAUUUGACUUGUGGCUA